CCAACACCAUGCCGCACUCAGCAAAUGUACGGCCACUAUGGAGUCCGGCCGAGCGUUCGAGCUGUAGCUCAUCAUAAAAAAGGAGAGUCUGAGCUGCAUGGCGGCGGACUUCUGCUCCUCUUCACGCGACUCGGGUGCAUCUAUGGAGUCCGGCGCCGCGCAGCUGACGACUGCUGCAACGCCGCGUACCACGGUCGCGGACGUAUUAUUGCCGCCUGAUGAAGCCGUGGCAUGGCGGUUGCCUGCGGCAGCGCCGGGGUCUUCACAGUACAAGGGCGUCGCGCCGCGGCCCAACGGGCGCUGGGGAGCGAGGAUCUACAAGUGCCCCGCGCAGGUGUGGCUCGGCACGUUUCCUGACAAGGAGGCCGCUGCGCGCGCCUAUGACACCGCCGCGCCCCACUACCGCGGCCACGACAUAACGACCAACUUACCUUCUGGCGCGGUGGCGUCCGCCCAAGAGCUCGCCUUCCUAGCGGCGCAGUCCAAGGCUGAGAUCGUCGACAUGCUCCAGAAGCUCACCUAUGAUGACGAGCUCCGCCAGGGCUUGAGCCGCAGCCGCAGCAUCCGGGUGCACACGCAGCCGACGCCGGCGUGGGCGCGCGUGCCGCUGUUCGAGAAGACCGUUACGGCCAGCGACGUCGGCAAGCUUAGUCGGCUCCACGUGCCCAAGCAGCACGCCGAGAAGCUCUUUCCGCUGAAGCGCAAGCCGAAGAUGGCAACCGCCAAGGCUAUACUCCUCAACUUCGAGGACGACGAGGGGACGGUGUGGCGGUUCCGGUACUCGUACCUGAACACUAGCCAGAGCUACGUGCUCAACAAGGAUUGGAUCCGCUUCGUCCGGGAGAAGGGCCUUCGAGCUGGCGACACUGUCUUGUUCUCGCACUCCACGUAUGGGCCAGAGAAGCAGCUCUUCAUCCACUGCAAGAAGAACCAAACGGCCGCCACCGACGUGCUGGUCCCGGUGGAGAAAUUAAAGGAAACCCGUGUUGUUAGGCUGUUCGGCGUUGACAUCGCCGAAGAUGGGUGUCCUAAAUCCAACCAGACAAAAUGAGCUGAAAUGAGAAAAAAGAGGAUAAGAACGUACACAUCUAAGAAUGGACAUUUCCUAAUUACAAUUUAGAGGAAAGGUGUUAAGAUAAAUAUGUAUAGGAGGCAAUGAAUUCCUGAUAUAUGUACACACUGCUAGUCUAGACUGAACGAUGAAUGAAGUAUGGAUAAUUUCAUA